AUGGCUUCCAAUGUGGGAGGCACGCCCGCCGAGGGCAGGGAGGAAAGGGUGAAGAGCGUUGGGAAGAAGCUACUAAUGAGGAUGAAGACUGUCCUGAAAAAGACAGAAUCCUCGAAAAGAACAUCGACUGUACCGACAACUGCUGCAGUUGCACUUCCUGAGCCUGCAACUGGCCCGUCUACCACGCCGGCCACCGUACCUGCUACAACCGGAACCACCCAGGUGCCUGAAAGCGCACCUCCACAGUUUGAUGAUGCUCAAGCCAUCUUCGAAGGAGAACGCAUUCCUCGGGCACAAAUAUACAGUCAGCGAGCCCAACAGCUCGCAGAACGCUUUGGCCUCGACAUGGACCCUCAUACCUGGUACCAGAUGGACGGCCAUGUCCUUCGUGUCAACAGACCAAUCCGUAUGCGUGUACACCGAAGCUGUCACCAAUGCGGUCACGGACUGAACCAGUCUGGCAAGUGUGACAGCUGCAACCACAGCGCUUGCAGCCAGUGCAGUUACUACCCGCCUAAGCGAUCCGAGGCAGAGAAGUUGGCCAGUCGAGAGAACAGGGACCAGAUUCUGAGAGAACGCACAGCAAAUGCAAUGAUUGUGCCGGACUGGAACUUCAACCCCAGCGAGAGGGUCGUUCUCAGGAGGCCCGGGAAGCCGGGUGGUCAAGAAUUGGUGUACAAGAAGGUCCGACAGCGCGUCAGGAGGACCUGCUGUCAAUGCCUCGAAUUCGAUGGGUUGGAGACUUCCUUCCAGGGCGGGAAGCUGAGCUGUCCAAAGUGCAACCAUGCGCGGUGUACAGACUGCCCUCGAGACCCACCCAAAAAGGACAAGUAUCCCUAUGGGUACCCUGGCGACGAAUUCGGUGCAAAGUCGAUACCAUACUACAAGUGUCACGAGUGCUACGCGAAGUUUCCUCCGGGAGCCAAGGACGGCGAGACGUGCCCCAGAUGCUCGCACGGAAAGUGCAACAACUGCGAACGAUUGAGACCGCAAAAGGUCGAGCCGGCACCGGACCCCGAAGUUCUACGAAGCGUCCAGGAAAAGUUGGCUGCAAUCAAGGUCAGCUGA